GGAAGAGAUAGAAUUCUUACAGCUUAUGUUCAGGGAAGACUUCAUCUGCGACAGUUACUUGAGUAAAAGUCUGCAUGGAAGGAUUACAACGGAAGAGUUACAUUUUGGGGAAGGGGUGCAUCGCAAAGCUUUCCGAAGCAAAGUGUUGCAAGGUUUGGUGCCUCCGCUCAGCCCAGGUCACCCCUGUGUUCUGAAAGUGCACAAUGCCAUUGUGUAUGGGACCAAGAAUAACGACGAACUUGUGAAAAAGAAUUACAAGUUGGCGCUACAGGAAUGUUAUGUUCAGAACACAGCAAGAGAGUAUGCCAAGAUAUAUGCUGCCGAAACACAACCUCUGGAAGGCUUUGGAGAAGCACCUGAAAUCAUUCCUAUUUUCCUUAUUCAUCGGCCCAAGAAUAAUAUCCCUUAUGCAACAGUGGAAGAAGAACUAAUUGGAGAAUUUGUGAAAUACUCUGUUAGGGAUGGGAAAGAAAUAAAUUUCAUGAGAAGAGACUCGGAAGCUGGCCAGAAAUGUUGCACGUUUCAGCACUGGGUGUAUGAAAAAACCAGUGGCAGCUUGCUUGUAACAGAUAUGCAAGGUGUAGGAAUGAAACUAACUGAUGUUGGCAUAGCAACGCUGGCCAAAGGGUACAAAGGCUUCAAAGGUAAUUGUUCCAUCUCGUUUAUCGAUCAGUUUAAGGUUCUCCAUCAGUGCAACAAAUAUUGUGAGAUGUUGGGACUGAAACCCCUUCAAAGUAGUGGUCUGAAACAGAAGAAGCCUGCAGUCUCCAGAAUCAAGGCACAAUCAAAUUCAAGUAUUGCAAAAAAAAGGUUUGUCAAUCCACAGGCUGCCAAGAAAACAUAGGAUCAUCAUUUUUUCCCCCCAAAGAAAUAUUUAAGACUUUUAUCUUUGUAGCAGGACAUCUUUGGAACUAUAUAUUGAUUUUGUUGUUGUUUUCUGGAUUGCAACGUGCCAGCAAUGGCCCUUCUUCCAAGCAAACUUUGUAGCUGUAAUCAGGCAUGUGUGUGGAUUACAUAAAUAGACCAGAGACGGUUUACAUCACCUCUCUUUUGGUGGUGGCGCCAAACUUGGGAAAAUUUGGAUUUAAUGGAUUCCUUCCAUGUAAGUCAGCUGCUACGAAACCACAGAAAUAUAUGUAGGCUGUUUCCAAACACUUGCAAUGAAUAUAUUCCACAUUUUUCUUCUUGUGGAUUUGCUGCAUCUUCACUCUAAAAACAGCUACUACUUUUUCUCAGUGUUUCUGGAUAUUUGCCCCACUGAUUAACCUUUUUUAAAAAUGGCAUAAACAAGAGAAGAGGAAUAUAACUCUGGAGUUUACAUGCAUUUUGUUUAUUGUGCACUACUGUAUUUGGAAUUGAGAGCUGUGUCAAAUAUGUGAUAACUGUAUUUACAAAACCCAGAGUGGUAAUCUUCAGGUGAUCUGAAAGCUGCAUGGAACUUACGACCACAACAAUGUUAUUUCAUAGAAUCCUAGAGUUGGCAGUGACCUCAGAUGGCAGCUAGUGUAAACCUCUGCUCAGUGCAGGAUCUGUCAUUUGUAACCUCAUAUCCCUAAUUUUCCCUGAUACAAGUCCUGGGGCCUACAGAUACUGCCACUGACUUUAGUGUAGCAUAGUAAGUCUUAGUAGAUCCAGACACUCAGUGCUUCCUGGCAAGUGUGUAAAUGAGAAAAAGAGACGAGGAACAACAGAUGUAGAAACAGCUGCACAGAAGAAGGUAUGGAGUCCUUGGUGCUCUCUGAGGUUGGUUGGUUGCUUGCAGAUGUUUCAGAAGAAGGUAUGUCUGCAUAUAGUAUGUGACACAGAGUUUGCAAUAUGACUGAGAUAUGGUAACUAGAGAUCCCAUCAGAUCCAAUGGAAGUUCCAUUCAAUCUGGUAUCCUGUUUUGUACCAUAAACCAGAAGCUUCUAAGAUGCUGACAAGCAACAUAUGAAAGCAAUCACCUCCCUGCCUUGCUAAACAUGCUGUUAAACAUGGAGUUUCCAUCAAUAUAUUUCAGGAAGAGAAGGAAAUUCUAAGUUCAAAGCAAAUCAUGUAUCAUUAUGCCAACAUACGUACAUCAGUGUAGAAAUCUGGCAUCAUGUUGUCUCUUUGCAGUUUGUAAUGCAUAGAUCUCAAAAGAGACUAAAUCAUUUUAUUACACCAGUUAGAUAUAUCUUAGAUCUCAAUCAUCUCUGGUUUUCUUUCCUACUCGUUUGCACAGUUGAUACUUCUUACUGUUAUACUCAUGUUCCCAAUUAAAUUCUUUCCUCCAAUUAAUUAUGAUGACUUCACUUUACAUGAUGCAGGACUGUACCAGUCUUUUCUGCAUAAUGGCUUUUAAUUCAUUGUCAGUCAUUCUGAUAUUUAAAGCAGUUGCUUCUGGCAAAGGAAAUGUUAACCUUGAAAGCAUUCAGUCAUUGUAUUGACUACAGCUUCAUAGAAGUAUUAAGUAAGACAUAGUAAAAUAUUUCAUUAUUUGUAUCUAGAGUAAUAACCCUAUAUUGAUUACAAACUGCUAUAAACAAUUAUUGUUGGAGUGUACUAAAUCAGCUAUUCAGUAGUAUAGAGAUGCACAGAAUAAGAAACAGAUGUUUGCAGUACAUGAAUGUCAGUGGAAAGCUAUUUGGACAUCUAUAUGUCACAUUUCUGCAGGUUUAAAAUUAUAAUUAUUUCAACACUAAAGACAUAUGUAUGUGUUCCAGACAAAAUGGAGCACCGCCCCUAGAGUCGGACACGACUGGACUUUACGUCAAGGGAAACCUUUACCUUUA